GUGAGGUAGAGCUGCACAGACUUUGUCCCGGCUGCAGGAAGUCCCCAUUCAGCUGCUGUGACGAGCCGGGCGGAGGAGCUGCAGCUUCACACCAGUCACUCCAACCACUGCAGACACUCAUCAUGAAGUCUUCAUCACCACCUUCGUCUCCAUCAGUAACUUCUACCUCGGUGACGGCUGCACCAGACACUCAGCUCCUCUCCUCUUCAUCAUCUCCUCCUCCUCUUCCUCCUCUGUCUCUGAGAAGUCCACAGCUGCAAGCAGAGUUUCUACAAGAGCGUCUGAACAGAUUUCAGUCUCGCAGUGACGCCAGUGAAUCCAGUGUCGUCUCCUCUGCGGCCUCCUCCCCCCCUCCUCUGCGCUCCCCCUUCAGUCCGUCCCCCUUCGCCUCCCCCUGCAGCUCCUCAUCCUCCUCCUGCUCAUCUUCUCCUUGCAACAACAGACAAGCACGUCUGUCCCUGUCCCUGUCCAGCCCAGAGCUUCUGUCAGAGCUGAAAGUGGCAAGAACACGCAGCCUCCGACAUGUCCCCACGAGCAAAGGAAUGACCACUGUCUUCAGUGGACGAGGAAGAGGAGGGGUAAAGGCCUCUGGCUCCGCCCCCUCCACACGACCAGCCAGUCAGAAGACUUCACACUGAAUUUAUCAGCAGCACCAACUGAGUCGCAGGGCUUCCAGAAAUGCUCUCAAAAAUCUAAUUAUCAUCAUCAAAUAAAGAAAUCUCCUGUUAUUUGUGGACCUAACCAGAUAAACUGACAUGUUGUUGGAACAAUGAACAUUUAAUGUCAAAAUGAAUCAUUUGGUUUGUGGUAAUAACAAAAUAUAUCAGUUUGAAGCUGAGAAAGAAUUUGUUCAAACAUUAUUAUGAGAAACUGAGUGAUGAUGAUGUUGUUCUGUAAAUAUUAUGCUGAUGUAAGAUAAUAAAUGAUGAUCAGUCCACUGUGUCAUAAAGCAGUGCUAAUGAUGAGAAAGCCUGU